UAUCAUUGGUGGAUCACAAUAACAAUCACAUUGAUGUGAACAAAUUUCGAUCUACCAAAUAUCUAUUCAAUUUAUCGAUAUAAUCGUCCAGUCAAUGCAUUAAAUUAUAACAAUAAUAAUAAUGUUAUACAAUUGGAAAACUGAUUCGUAACAACAGCAAAAAAAAACUUUGAUAAUUGUGGCCAUGGCAAAUCAUAAAAAUCAAUGCUUCAUUUCACUAUUGUUAAUAAUAAUAAUUAUUAUUAUUAUUGAAAGUGUUAAUAGUCAAAUUACAAUUUUUAACAAUGAAGGUGAAUGGAUUGUCGACACUGUUGAAGAUGUUGUUGAUAAACAUUCGAAUGAAAUUCAGCAACAGCUACAUCUACAACAACAAGAUCAAGAUGAUGAUGACGAAAGUGAUAAUGUAAUCACAUUGAAUGGUGCAACCGUAUUGAAUCCACCAUUUAUCUAUAGUGAAAGUGGACCAUAUCGUGGAUUCUGUGUAGAUAUACUAAAAGAAUUGGGAUAUCGUCUAAAAUUUCAAUUUACAUUACGACAAAGUUAUGAUGGACAAAUUGGUUCAAUACGAUCACAUGAUGGUGUUUUCGGUGAAAUUAUCGAAAAGUAUGUUGAAUUCGCAAUUGGUGACAUUAGUAGUAAUUGGCUAAAUACACGUAAAGAAGCGGAACAAAAUGAUAUCAUAUUCACACGACCAAUCUAUAUAUCAACAAUGAAAGUAUUAUUGACGAAAUCGUUGUUUAAAGAAUUAAUACAACGUAAACGUCGACAAUGUCAAAUGGAUUUACAGCAACAAAAAAUACGAAUCGACGUACGUAAUCAUAGUGAUUAUUCACGAUUCAUCGAUAUGAAUCAUCAAUCGAUUGAUUGUGCAAUCAUUUUGAAUAAAUCAAACAAUAACAAUAAUGAUGAUGAAAUGAAGAAUGGCCAAUUUUAUUUUAAUUAUGAUGAUGAUAAUGAUGUUAAUGAGAUGCCAAUGUUGACUAUACAUGAUAUAUUUAAUCAAGCCGAUCUUGUACGUGUUAUAUUCAAAGGUGGUGCCGUACAUCGUUUUUAUUCAACAAUUAAUAUUGAUUAUCUAAAUGAUUUAAUCAUUGUUGAACGUUCAUCAUUAUCAACAUUAUUACAACGUUUACAACGACAACGAUAUGUAUUGAUUGAUGAAUCAAAAUUUAUCGAUUAUUUUGUCGAUCAUCAUGAUUGUGAAUAUACUAGUAUUGAUGUUGCACGACGACAACGUAUUUGGUUAGAAAUGAAAAAUAAUAAAAAAAAUGUACAUUUUGAUAUUGGUAUUUCGAAUGGGCCAACAACAACAUCAAAUGGAUCAUCAGUAACAACACCAACAGUGACCAUAAUGGCACAACAAUUAACAAUACGUAAAGAGGAAUUAUUUCAGAAUAAUAUAGCUAUUGCUUUUUCAAAAACAUUCAUCGAUAAAUCGUUUACGUUAAAUAAUAAUCAAGAACAAAGAAAUUGGCUCAAUGAAUUUGAUCAUACAUUAGAUAUGAUGGAUAAAGAAGGCAUUCUACAACAGAUUCGUGAUCGACAUUGGUUAAAUAAUUGUCGCCGUGAAGGUAGACAACAACGACAAAUGUCAUCAUUAUCAUCAUCAUUAGCAAUGAAUUCAAUGAUUGAAUGGAAAUCUUUUUGGAUGGAUGAAAAAAAACAUGCAUAA